AUGGGAACUGCUGAGCGAAUCUCUGUGCCAACGAACGUGCCAUCUACCGGCAUCUUCAAAGCACGCCCGCUGACGGUCGAGACUGCCAUCAAGGUGUCAGAGCUGUUGCAGCGAAAUCACGACAACUACCACAUCUACAUCCAUGAUCUUGGCCUGCACAACCAUAUCCUCCACCAUCUUCUGGCUAUUUAUGCACUGGGGGGAACUCCUCACCAGCUCGAUAAUGCCUACGAGCUAGCAACUGACUCUCAGCGGCCCACGCGCAACCCAAAUAUUAGUCGCGUCUUGGACUUUGCGGAUCCUGCCAAAUUCAAGGAAUGCCUGGGCAAGGGAAAAUACUACGACGAUUACUUCCUGUUUUUCCAGCGGGAGAUCGAUCGCAAUGGAGUGCCCAACACCGUGAAUGAAUUCUUGCAUAUGGAUAUCAAACUGAUUCGCUCGUUAGGCUUUUUGCACUCACCGAUCCACCUAGGCUAUGCCAUCGAAUACGAUCAGCCUCUAGUAGCUGCCGAGGCGCUUGCCCUUACGGCGAUCCACGAUGCCUCUUUCGGUGACAUCUUGGAACUCGUCGAGAAGAACGCCCCGUUGUCUCCUGCAUCAGAGAUAUACUGGACGGGUCUCGCCCAACGGCCGGAGAAGCAGAUACGCAUUGAUUUCUUCCUGAUGCAUUCCAUCACCGCAGGGUCGUUCUGGCCCGUUCUGAAUAGUGCGCCUUGGAUCAGUCCUACUACAAAGUGUCGGCUGCUGGAAUGGAAAGGCCGCUCGGAUUUGAUUUUAUACUGCCAGACAGGCGCACCUCUGCCGCGUCCCGAAGAAUUGGCCAUAUAUCAGCCUCAGCGACCAUCGGGAUGGCAACAGAUCUUCCAGCGUGCCUGUGACUACAAAGAUGACGGUCAUCUGUCGAAGCUCAUCCGCGGAAUCGCGACUGCGGCACAGAUCAGCAAGUCUUAUGUAAAGAAUCCGAGAUUCAAACUAACAACCGAUCGAGAGUUUCUAACUCUGGCGCAUAUGGGUAGGGACUAUGUACUCGAGCCUUCGGUGACUGGCGCACUUGCUAAUAUCACUGUUUCGCAGCUAUGGAUUCUGCCGAGCAGUUUAACCGCGAUACAGGCACGCGGGAAACGGACAUGA